UGUGUGUUUUGAAUUCUCAGGAUAGAGCUUAGUCCUAAACUAAGUUCGAUGGAUUCACCCAAGCACUCAACUCCCCAUCCCUGGACUCGGUUGUUGAAGCUUGGAUAAUAAGUUUCUCUGUCUUCUGCUUCAAAAAUAGUCGCUAUUAAUUGUAUAUGGCUUCAACUUACUAGCUUCUAAUCAGUGUUUGCUUGUGAAGCAAUGAUUCAUAUUCAUCUACAAGUUCUAAAUCAUUUAUUUGAUGAGAAAAUGGUGGGGAGUAGAGGAUUAUUGGAAUUUUUCUGAAUGUUCAAAAUACAAUUCUCUAAUUUAUACCAAGUAUGAGACGCCAUUUUUUCCUCAACAUCUAUUGGACCUAUCUUCCAAUUAGCAAAAUGGGAAGUUGCAAAUUCUUUAGUUCUAUUUUGCCACCUAUUCAACCAAUGCUUCCUUCUUUCUCUUCCCAAAAUGUGCGAGUGAAAGGGAAGGCACUUGCCAAUCUGUUGCUCGUACCUGUUUCAAACAAAUCAAUUUUGUACUACAGGAAAGUUCAUUGUCAAGUUGUCUUGUGGGGCUUACAAUAUGAUGUGUUUUUAUCAAACCUUCUCCUGCAUUCAUAUUUCAAAAUUGGCAGUGUUUUUGAUGCAGGAACAUUGUUUGACAAAAUGCCUAAUAGGAACCUAGUAUCUUGGUCUUCAGUGGUUUCUAUGUAUACCCAAUUAGGCUAUAAUGAAAAAGCAUUGCUUUAUUUCUUGGAAUUCCGGAGGACCUGUGACGAUAAACUGAAUGAGUAUAUUUUAGCUAGCAUUAUCAGAGCUUGUGUUCAACGUGAUGAUGGUGAACCUGGUUCCCAAGUCCAUAGUUACGUAAUUAAAGCAGGUUUUGAUGAGGAUGUUUAUGUAGGAACCUCUUUGGUGCACUUAUAUGCGAAACAUGGUGAGAUAGAUAAAGCAAGAUUGGUAUUUGAUGGUUUAGUCAUGAAGACUGCUUUCACUUGGACUGCUAUUAUUUCCGGGUACACGAAAAGUGGAAGGAGUGAGGUUUCAUUGCAAUUGUUUAACUUAAUGAUGGAAAGUAAUGUUAUACCCGAUAAAUAUGUGCUCUCGAGCAUUCUAAAUGCGUGUUCAGUGCUUGGUUUUCUAGAAGGCGGUAAGCAAAUUCAUGCUUAUGUUCUGAGGAGGGAAACAAAGUUGGAUGUGUCAACAUAUAACGUUCUUAUAGACUUCUAUACGAAAUGUGGUAGAGUGAAAGCUGGGAAAGCACUUUUUGAUAGAAUGGAUGUUAAGAAUAUUAUUUCUUGGACUACUAUGAUUGCUGGGUACAUGCAAAAUUCAUAUGAUUGGGAAGCUGUGGAACUAGUUGGUGAAAUGUUCAGAAUGGGAUGGAAACCUGAUGAAUUUGCUUGCUCAAGCAUUCUUACUUCAUGUGGUUCAGUUGAUGCUUUACAGCAUGGAAGACAAAUACAUUCUUAUAUUAUCAAGGUUUAUCUUGAACAUGAUAACUUUGUGAUAAAUGCUUUAAUUGACAUGUAUUCAAAAUGUAAUUCAUUGGAUGAUGCAAAACGAGUCUUUGAUGUCGUGACUUGUCACAGUGUGGUCUCUUACAAUGCAAUGAUUGAAGGAUAUUCGAGACAAGAGUACUUGUGUGGAGCAUUGGAAGUUUUCCGUGAAAUGAGGCUUAAACAUGUUUCACCAAGCUUUUUAACAUUUGUAAGCCUUCUAGGUUUAUCAGCUGCAUUACUCCACUUGCAACUGAGCAAGCAAAUCCAUGGCCUUACCAUCAAAUAUGGUUUCUCUUUAGAUAAGUUUACAAGCAGUGCUCUUGUAGAUGUUUAUUCUAAAUGUUCAUGCAUUAGAGAUGCCAGGUAUGUGUUUGAAGGGACAACUAACAGAGAUAUAGUUGUUUGGAAUGCACUAUUUUCUGGAUAUAACCUACAAUUAAAAAGUGAGGAGGCUUUCAAACUAUACUCAGAUUUACAAGUCUCAAGAGAAAGGCCAAAUGAGUUCACUUUUGCAGCUUUGAUUACAGCAGCGAGCAUCCUGGCAAGUCUCCAGCAUGGUCAACAGUUCCAUAAUCAAGUCAUGAAGUUGGGUCUAGGAUUAGACCCUUUCAUCACUAAUGCCCUUGUGGAUAUGUAUGCGAAGUGUGGGAGUGUGGAAGAAGCUGAAAAAACAUUUUCCUCCUCGGUAUGGAAAGAUACUGCAUGCUGGAACUCCAUGAUUUCAAUGUAUGCACAACAUGGUAAAGCAGAAAAAGCUCUUAGGAUGUUUGAAAUAAUGAUGGGCAAUGACAUAAAUCCCAAUUAUGUCACUUUUGUGAGUGUGCUAUCAGCUUGUAGUCAUGUGGGGUUUGUUGAAGAUGGACUUCAACAUUUCCAUUCAAUGGCCAGAUAUGGAAUUGAACCAGGAAUGGAACAUUAUGCUUCAGUUGUUACUCUUUUGGGUAGGGCUGGGCGGUUAUCUGAAGCUCAAGAAUUCAUUGAGAAGAUGACUAUAAGACCAGCAGCACUGGUAUGGAGGAGCUUGCUUAGUGCAUGUAGAGUUUUUGGCAAUGUUGAGUUAGCGAAACAUGCUGCAGAGAUGGCAAUUUCGAUUGACCCCAUGGACAGUGGAUCAUAUGUUAUGCUUUCAAAUAUUUUUGCUUCUAAAGGUAUGUGGGGAGAUGUUAAGAGGCUGAGGCUGAAAAUGGAUGUUAAUGGUGUAGUUAAAGAACCUGGACAGAGCUGGAUUGAGAUCAACGGUGAAGUCAAUAUAUUUGUUUCAAGAGAUAAAGUCCAUGAUGAGACUGAUUUAAUUUAUCUAGCUUUGGAUGAACUAACUAUGCAUAUGAAAGAUGCAGGUUCUAUACUUGAUACCACGAUUCUUGAAGUGAUUGAUUGAGAUAUGAAAUUGCAGCAACACAUUCUUGUGAAUAAAGGUUCCUAAAAUCCAUAGUUCAUUGAGCGUUGGGAUAUUUUUUACUUCACUGUUCAUCUGGAUUCAAAGACCAACGAUUUUGUAUUUCUUCAGAUUGUCAAGUAUCCUUUUUCUUUUAAGUGGAAAACUUCAGUGACGGCCUCUUUGAUCUUUCCCACAUAUUUUGACCACUUUGCUUCCAGAACCAUUCAUCAUUUCCUUGAGUACUUACCACCUUCCUUUAUUUUCUCCUUUUGGAAUCGUCAAACUCGCCUUCCCAUUUGACAUGAUUGUUAUUUGAUUCAAUCAGCUAUGAUGAUUUAAUUUUUUUUGCUUCCAGCAUGUUCCAUCUGCAAAUGUAUUCUUCUUUAAGAAGUGCUCUGAAGAAUGUCCACUAAUAAUUCUUUCAGCGAGAGCAGUUGCCAUCUCUAGAAACUAAUUAACAGAAGAAUUUCUUCUUUUCUCCUCCAGGAUCAUGUUGCCAUUUGAACCAACUACCAAACUAAUAGGAAAAGGCCUCUCUUCAAUUUCACCCACUACAAGAAAUAUCACAUUCCAUGUACAAGGAUCAACCAUUUUUGUUGAACAGGCCCCACUUCACUCCUCCCUCUUUGCUUUGGCUUUUUGGUGCCAAUUGGAAGCCCUUUUGUUGAAGUUGGCUACAACAUCCUCCUCGACCAAGGGUUUGUCUCUUUCCUUUUUUUCUUUUUUUUUUGGUUCUUCAGCUUCCCAUUUUCUGUUUAUCCAUUUGGACUUUGGAGUAGGAGAAUUCUAUUUCAGAGAAGUGGGUUUUCGUCUUUCAGUCCAGUGAGUUUCGUGGUUGCUUUUUCUAAUGUUUUGGUUUAAAAUGAUGAAAUUGGUCGAGCCAAAUCUCCGGAUCUCUCUACCCUUGAACAACUCAAGACCUCUGCUGCCAACAGCAUGUAUUUCACAAUUUUUUACUUUAUGCCUUUUCUUUUAGAUUCUUCCUCUCUUCUCCUCCUUUCCUUCUCUAGUGGUUGGUCUGCUCAAGUAGGAUUGGGUCAUCCCCCAACUAAUGGGCAUCUAGGUACAUCCCCUAAAUCAUCCCACUGGACGAACAUUUCAACAACACGAUGACAUGCACCUCGACUCAAUGGGUUGAUUAGGAGGAAUCAAUGUUGGGCAUUACUGCAUUAGAUAAUCAACGGCAAUGCUUUUGACCUGAGAGCACAGCUUCUCCCCAUGAGUUCCAACUGGAUCUCAAUACCCAUACUCAAUCAUGAAUUCAGCUGGUUGGCUUCAUGAGUAGUUUUAUUGAUUGUGGGAGUUUAACUAUGGUUGGAGGAAUGAUCUUUGCUUGCACAAAGUUCUUUUAGAAUCUUUGUGGUUUACAGCAGUGUACGUUGCUUUACCAAUAGAAGGUUAGUUGUUGGACUUAAACUUUUGCUCUUCUUGACAUGAUUGUUAUUGAUCAGACCAUGGGUACUACAUGAUGGUUUUAGAGUAGUUGAAAUUUGGUUUAAAAAGAGUGGAUGAAAUUUGCUUCUCUAAACCCUUGUGGUUUGGUAUGCUUUCCUUGUACACUCUGAGACAAUUUAGACUUCAAAAAGGAAAUGGUAGUUUUGGCUAGUUGUUGGGUCUAGUUCUUUCCAUCUUUAGUAUUUUUCUCUGUUUCGUCAGUCCUUUUCAUUCUGUUCGUGUAAGGAGUAUAUGUAAGACAGCUUGUUAUAUUAUGAAAUUCAUUGAAUUGAAAAUACAUUUUCAUGCAAAGGUGACCUGAAUUUGUUUAGUUGGAAAUGAAUUCAUUGUAAGAGAGGUUGAAAGUUUAUCUUAUAUGUAUUUACUGGUCAGUUAGUCGGUCUUGAAAAUAGCCUACCAAUGACACUUUAUGUUCUCUUAUAGAAAAUACCCUUGAAUUUUGCACUUUAUUUAAAAAAAAUACCCAAAAAUCAUUUUUACCCUCAAACUUUCAAAAAGAGUUAAAAAAUACCCUUAAAUCCUGCCACUGUUAUCUUCUGAAAAGGGCCAGCAAAAUCAUUUGAAGGUUGGUCUAUGGGAAUGUCAGAGUUGUUCCCUACAUCAACCUUUUCAUCUAGUUUGCCAGUUUGUGGCUGCAUCACCAACUAUUUUGGCAUUUUGUUUAACAACUACUGGAUUGAUAUAAUAUUAAAUUUAUCUUCAUCCAACAACUUAAACUUUUGAGUCAAUUGGUGAUUUCACACUUUUAUUUUCCCUUCAUAUUUUGACAUGCCACUUUUCAGUCUAUCACCAACAACAUUUUCAAGCUUGCUACAAGCCCCAAAGGUAAUUAUGAUGAUGAGCAAUUGCCUCCUAUCGUGGUUUUUGGGGUUCAAAACGAUUCUAAAGCCAUUAUACAUGCAGCUGCAAGUGAGGCUGCAAGGUUGAAGAUGACGGUUUUUAGGAUUUUUGGAUGCUCAAUCUUCAAUAAUAAUGGUGAUUAUGGGCUAUUCUCGAAUAAGAAUUAUGCUAAAAAAUCUAGCAUUUGAUGUGCAAGGUUGGGAAUUGCUCCUCCACUGCUGGUUUGUUUCAGAGCCUCUUUGUCAGGUCUAUCCCUAUCUGUUCGCAAUUUACUAAUUCAAAAGAUGCCUCCUUCGGAAUCCGAUCCAGGCUAUAGCUAAAUAACCAUCCUGAUCAUUGGUUUUGAAAGCUGGAAACUCUUCAAGAUCCUUGUUGUCGCGCUAUCAUCAAACAGCUCCUCUGUCGAAGCUGCCAUCUUCAAAAAACUAUGGAAGUUAUGCUACCCUAAAAGGAUUAAAUUUCUAUUAAACCAUCAUGGAUUGCCUAGUGGUAAAUAAGGAGACAUUGCCUUGACAAAGGGCUAAUCAGGGAUUGGCCUAAUGGUAAAUAAGGGGACAUCGUCUUGAUAAAGGGCUAAGAGGUUGUAGGAUCAAUUCAUGGUGACCACCUACUUAUGAUUUAUUAUUUUUUGAGUUUCAUUGAUACUCAAAUGUUGUAAGGCCACACAGGUUGUUCCAUAAGAUAGUCGAUGUGCGCAUAAGCUGGUCCGGACACUCAUGAAUAUAAUAAAGGAUUAAAUUCCUAUUAUGGAAAGUAUGUCACUGUUGUCACAAUACCAUGGAUUGUUUACAAACAAGAUGCUCUUGGAUUACUCUCUCCUUCAAGGUGUUGCUUAUGUCAGAAUAGCUUUGAAUCAAUGAUUCACCUAUUCUUUCAUUGUUUUGUUCAAUUCAUUGUUUUGUUCAAUUCAUUUGAGCUGAAAAUCAUCGAUGCUUUUGGAUGGUAUUUGGUCCCCUCUUGGGACACUCUGGAUUGGAUCAAUCUCAUGUUUUUUAAUCACCCCUUCAAGGAUCCAAAGGCAAAUAUAUGGACCAACAUCAUUUGUUCGGUUUUGUCUCAGAUUUGGGAAGAAAGAAAUGAUUGCAUUUUCAACAACAGAUGAAAGUCAUCCAAGGGCAAUUUCAAGUAAUUUAAUAAGAGCAUUGGAUUCAUCAGGAGUAAUUUAAGAUGUCGAAAUCUUUGAAAAUUCAUGAAGUUGAUAGGGUCCCAGGCAAGUAACUUGCCUGGCCCAUGUUGCCAAUGCCAACAAGAUUGUAAAGCAGAAGCUCACUGAAAGGUAAUUAGAGAUGUUCAAGAGAACAGUUGAUCGAUUCCUAGACAUUGAACUUGUAUUCAAAAGCUCUUUAAUCCACCAUAUGUUAUUGAGGAAGUGAAGAACUCA